AUGCUUCACCUCAGUGCCCACAGUCUGACCCAGACUGAUCACCACACCGACCAGCCUGAGGCAACUGACCCCCAGGAGCUGUAUUCUCUUGAGGCAGAUCCGCUUGAGUCCUGCCAAAGGAUAAUCCCAAGCAAUACAGACUUUGCCUUUCAGUUUUACAGGCAAGCAACCACUCAAGAGCCUGACAAGAACGUUUUCUUUUCCCCAGUCAGCAUCUCUGCUGCCCUUGCCCUCAUGGCCCUGGGCUCCCGAGGCAGCAGCCAGGCUCAGCUGCUGGAGGGACUGGCCUUUAACCUCACCACCAUCCAGAAGCAGGAGAUACACCAUGGCUUUGGUCAGCUCCUCCGCCUGCUGAGCCGCCCUGGCAGCCAGGUGCAGCUGAGCAUGGGCAGCACCCUGUUCAUGGACAAACACCUGAAGCCAAUGAAAAGCUUUCUGAGGGACAUAAAAAAACUGUACAGAGGAAAAGCUGUCUCCAGUAGCUUCCAGAAUUCCACUCAAGCUAAAAAAGAGAUCAAUGAUUAUGUAAAGAAUAAAACCCAUGGGAAUAUAAAUCAAAUACUUGAGGACCUUGAUCCAAACACUCUGAUGGUAAUUGUUAACUACGUUUAUUUCAAAGCUUACUGGGAAAAUCCCUUCAAUAUUAAGGGGACUCACAAGGACUUUUUCCAUGUGAAUGCAAAGACCUCAGUUGAAGUGGAGAUGAUGACUCGAGAUGGAUUUUAUAAAGCAUACUCUGACAGGAAGCUGUCCUGCAAGGUGGUGCAGAUUCCUUACAAGGGAGAUGUUACAGCAUUCUUUAUCCUGCCCAAUAAAGGAAAAUUGAAACAGUUGGAACAUGCCCUGACAAAAAGCACUCUUUCUAAAUGGAAAAGAUCUCUUCAAAGAUGGAUGGAACUGCAUAUUCCAAAACUUUCCAUUUCAGGCACCUAUGACUUAAAGAGAAUCUUAAUGAAUCUGGGUGUAACUGAUGUGUUUUCUAAUCGGGCUGAUCUGUCUGGAAUCACAGGAAACCCUGACGUGAAGGUUUCAAAAGCUACUCACAAGGCCCUGCUGAAGAUCCAUGAGAAUGGCACAGAGGCUGCAGCAGCCAGCAGCAUAGAUUUUCUUCCUCAUUCUGCUCCUCCCAUUGUUAAAUUCAAUCAUCCAUUCUUGUUGUUGAUUGUUGAUCACUAUACUCAGAGCAUCCUCUUCGUGGGAAAAAUUGUAAACCCAACUGAAAAAUGA